ACGAUAUCUGCCAGCAUCCCACCAGUCAAACUGCCUGUGGCAUUUCCGCGAACAUACAGUGACUGCAAUGUCUUUUUGGUCUUCUUGACCAGUAAAGCCUUACCCCCGGUCUCCAGCAGUUCGAUGCCACCCAGAUCCGACCAUGCCACCGCGUAAAACGCCGUCUCGCGGCAAACAGGCCGCAUCGACCAAGGCAGGACCUUCGAGCUCGAAACCGCGACGCUCGAAGCUGGCCAAGGAGAACGACCUGACGGCAGAGGAAGAGGCCGAGAUCAAGCAGGCAUGGAAUCUCUUCCGGCUCGAUGAUAUUGAGGAAUACGAAGACGAGAAGGAGGGCGUCAUCCGCACAAAGGAUGUGCGCAAUGUCUUGAAAGCCCAAGGACUCGCUCCGAGUGACCAGUCACAGAUGCAGGAGUUCAUCGAGACUCUAGAUCCAGACGAGUCGGGCUACGUGACUUAUCCGCAUUUCCUAGCCCUGUGCGCCAUUCAGCUCAAGUCCAAAACGGACGAAACCAGAGCCGAAGAAGUUGAAACCGCGUUCAACCUUUUUCACCCCGGCCAGGCUGCUGCAGAGCAAGUCAUCCGCCUGCAAGAUCUACGGGCUGUCGCGAAGCUUCUGAAGGAGGAUGUAAGUGACGAUGUUCUAAAGGCUAUGAUUCUCGAGGCGAAUGGGGGAAAGGGCAUCGGACGAGGCGUCAAUAUGGAGGACUUUCGGGCCAUUAUGACGCGGGCGGGCGUGUUCCAGUGAUUUUCUUCUGUAGGAGUUCAAGGAGGAGCGCGACUUCAAAUAGCUCAGAGGAAGAAGAUACCCCGGACAGGAUGGUGCGUCUGCUUGCAUAAUCUUUGACAGAAUAUGUUUUAUUCGCAUGUAUAAUGUCUCCACAUAUAUCAGCCUGCAGCUCGGUAGACGAGGCUGCAGCAGUAGAGAUCCGUGGAAGCCUCGCGACCAGACCAUACAGGCCUGGCCGUGAUCGAGGCUGGGUACUAUUCUAGCUUCCCUGUCCACACUGGCUCGCUCUGGGGCAUUUUGAACGGCCAGCUCUAGCAUAGAUAGAAGCGGUAAAAUCAAAGCAAUAGGAAAGAAGGCUAUGGGUAAAACUUGUGAAGGGGUAGAGAAUUUGUUCCAGGGGUUGGCACGUUUCAAGAGGCCCAUUGAUUCAAGUGGUGAGAAAACCAGUUACUCGGCCGA